AUGGCCAAUGCCCAGGUAGAGCUCUACCUGUCAGUCCUCGACCAACCUCAUAUCCGCGUCUACGGCCGCCAUUUCGUCUUCUUCUCUUUCCCUGACCUGAGCUACGCAGAUGCCGCCCUCAACGCACUUCGUACAGGCCUGUCCGCAACACUAUGCAGAUUCCCCUAUCUUUCCGGGAAAAUCGAGGUUCCAAACCCGUCGACUGGACGUCUUAGCUUGAUUUACCCAAAUCCCAUUCUUUCUGACGCGGAAUCAUCGCGUAUAUUCACUGCUUGCUUCGCUGUCGCCGACAGUCCGCAAUUCAAUUAUGGCUUGCUUGCAGAGGAGGGAAUGCCACCGACCAGGUUGCCAAGUGAGGUGUUUUGCCCCGCUUUGUUGAAAUACCACCCGGGACUAGAUGAUGGUGAUCCAUUUGCAGAAAGAAUAAUCACAUUGCAGAAGGGCAUUCCUAUGCCGGUAUUAGCUACGUAA